UAAAAAAUUAAACGCUUAUUUCUGCGGGAAGCUUUUUGGGGCAAAGACGCUGCUGGGUUUCAUUUUUGAGAAAGAAGGAAGAAUAUGAAUCAAAGGUCAGCAGCAAAUCGGAGGCCAUCCGGAACCGACGGCUCUGAUUUCUCCUAUCGCAUGGUCGUCGAUUCCAGAUACACGAAAGUUGCAAAGGCAAAGUCUCGUCUUUCCAAAUUGAUCUUUUCUCAGGUGGUCACUCAAUUGAUGAUAGCAGCUAAUGUAUUUGUUUCAUUAUCAAAGAAGGAGUCUCCCAAUAGAGUUUCCGUUUCUUCCCUUGCAAUUGGCCUCAUCUCUGUUCUGGCAGGGGAACUAGGUCGAAAGAGAAGCCGAUCAAACUUUUUGAAGUUUUAUGUCUUUGGAUCGUCGAUGUCGAUCCUGUUGUCAGUGGCAUAUCUUGCUAUGAACAAUCUCUCAUUGGAGACUUUCCAAAAAAUUUCAAGUUUGGAGACUCUAAAGAUUGCAGCUGUCCUACUAGGAUUUGUGGUACAACUUUUUGUUGUUGGUACAACCAUUUCUCUUAUUAAUAACAUGGCACCUCCCAAGAGGGCUUCUUGAUCAUUACUGUAACUCUGGUGUAUUCUAAAUGUCUUUGACUGAUUAAAGAGGGUUCUUAUAUGCUUCGGCUUCAAUGGAGAUGCUGCUGUAAGUUGCUUUUAUAAAUGCAAUUUCUGAAAGCUUUUCUGAUUUAACAUUAUACAAAUACUACAGGUAAACUUUCUGAAAAGAUUACUAGUCAGUAAAUUUGUGCCUUGUUCUGCCA